AUUGCAUUUGCUUUCCUAAAAAAUUCUCCCCCAAAAAGAUCACAAAUUUUGUUGUUUUCCGUUAACCUCUCCGUUUAAAUGGCGCCGGUGACGGAGCAUCAAGGGUCUUUCCUAAGUCGAAUCAGCCGUCGCAAUCAAAUCGUUUCCAUGGACGUUAAUCACGAGCAAGAGCUCGAAGAACUCGAAGAUUUCCAGAAACACGUAGCUGAGCGUUUCACGGAGUUACUAUCGCCGUCGAACACCACCACCACCGCCGCAGAUUCGCCGGAAUCUGACCCGAUUCUCUCGAUCCAAUGGCUACGGAAGCUUCUCGAUGUUUUCAUGUCUUGCGAAUCGGAGUUUCAUUCGCUGCUGACCUCGAAUUCGUCUCAGAUCUCGAAACCGCCGUUGGAUAAGCUUGUCCCGGAGAUGCUUGAUCGGAUUGUUAAGGCUCUUGAUAUCUGUACAGCCGUAGUCAACGGCGUUGACUUAGUCAGACAAAUCCAGCGUCUCGCAGAGAUCGCCGUUACGGCGUUGAAACAACGGCCGUUAAGUGACGGAAGCGUUAGAAGAGCUAAACGGGCGCUCACGAGCCUCCUCGCCGCUUUAAACGCCGAUAAAAACAGCGUUAGCAGCGGUAGGAAGACAACGACGGCGGAGCAGUGGUCGUCGAUGGGCCGGCGAAGUGGCGGCGGAGGAGAAGGGUGUGUGAGCAAGAAUUGGUCAGCGGCGAAGCAGAUUCAAGCAAUGACAGCGAAUCUAGUAGCGCCACGUGGCGGGGAGUCGUCGCCGAUAUAUAUAAUGAACAGUGUGAUGGUAGUGAUGAUGUGGACGCUAGUUGCGGCGAUUCCUUGUCAGACAAGUAACGGAUUGACGGUUCAUUUGCCGUUGCCGAAGAAUCAGGUUUGGGCUAGCGCCGCCGUGAGCAUCCAUGAGAGGAUCGGAGAAGAGCUUAAACGGAAGGAGAAGCGUUGUGGUGGUGGUGGAUUGAUGGAGGAGAUGCAGAGGAUGGAGAGAAUUGGGUUAAAAAUGAUGGAGUUCAGUGAAGGGUUUAGGUUUAAUGGGGAGGAGAAUGUGGUGGAGGAAGUGGCGGAGAUGGAGGAGAUUUGCCGGAAAAUGGAAGAUGGGCUUGAAGGGUUACAAAGAAGAGUUAGAGAAGUGUUUCAUAGGUUGAUUAAAAGCAGAAGUGAGAUUCUUGAAGCGAUUGAUCAUUGUAAUGGUUAAGAUAGGGGGAGAUUAUUUUUUUGAACUCUGGUGUGAAAACCUAAUCUGAAAAUGCAGGUUUUGAUUGUUUUUAUUUAAUGAUAAUCUUUGAUGUACAUAAUCUACAGCUCGUUAUUACAGAUAUGUAUACACAAUGUUCUUUUUUUGGAGGGGGUUUAUACUGAGACUGCAAAACUGUAGUGUAUUGU